AGUGAGAACUUCCUUCAAAAUUUAAGUUUGUGCUGUGCAUCUUCGUGGGAACAGAGCACUAGUGAUAUCUGAGGCUACCCUACAUUGUAGUGCAUAUUGAGAUACACCAACAGUUCUCGGAAGUUUCCAAGCUUAAUUACAUUGGAGCCUCUUGAAAUUGUCCCAUGCUUUCAGAUUUAUCAUCUAACAAACAUUGACAACUAGACCAGCAGAAGAGAUAAGGCCAACAUAUCAAGCAUCUUUAUGGGCAAGUAAUUUCAGUAGUUCAUCAUACUCACCAGCUCUAGCUAAACUAGUGAUCGCCUGUGUCAAACAGAUAGCAUCACUUUUAUGUUAUCCAGCUUAAGGGAAAGUGACAUGAGUCUAUAAGAAUUGCUGUAGCUGCUCUAGCCUAUCACUACAUUUGAAGAUGAGUACAUUUGAAGAGGGUACGGAGCCAGUAACAGUCGAAAUUGUGAGCUCUGUCUUACUUACUGAAGACACAGACAGGAACCUCAUUCUUUGCCUUCAGAAUGAAGCUGGUGAAAUGGAAAACCCUACUGAACCUCAGAAUAAGAGGCCUUGUUUGUCCACAGAGGAUGAUUCAACGACUCCUUACAUGCCAGCUGCUGCAGUCCCACUACCAGAAAUGGAGCAGAGCUUUGAUUUGGUCACAACUACAGCCACAGAGGUGGCAGGUGAAGAGAUUACUGAGGGAACUACGAUGCAGUUCCAGAUUUUACAGGAUGACAAAACAGAUGAAGGAUUCCCCUUGGCUAGUGAACAAGAGUCAAUCGUUAGUCAAGCGUGGUUAAGAGGUAAAGAAGAUAAAGAUAAGCUAACCAGACAAGGACAUAAAUGGAAGCAGGGGAUGUGGUCCAAGGAAGAAACAGAUAUUUUGAUGAACAACAUUGAACGUUAUAUGAAGGAACAUGAAAUAGAGAAUGCUGCAGAAAUCAUUUUUAAGAUGUCAAAAGGUAAAAGAAAAGAUUUCUACAAAACUAUAUCAUUGGGUCUGAAUCGGCCUUUGUUUUCAGUUUAUAGGAGAGUGGUCCGAAUGUAUGAUGACAGAAACCAUGUGGGAAAGUACACCCCUGCAGAAAUUCAAAAGCUCAAGGAACUCUGGCAACGACAUGGCAAUGACUGGAUAACAAUAGGUGCCGCCAUGGGAAGAAGUCCAUCUUCUGUCAAAGACCGGUGCCGACUGUUGAAGGAUACUUGUAACACGGGAAAAUGGACCGAAGAAGAAGAACGGAUUCUCGGAGAUGUGGUUCAUGAACUGACUCACACUGAGGUGGAUGAGAAGGUCACACAUGGUGUAUGUUGGGCAACAGUCGCUCAGAGAGUAGGUACUCGCUCAGCAAAGCAGUGUCGUGCUAAAUGGCUCAACUACCUGAACUGGAAACAGACUGGAGGGAUUGAGUGGACCAGGAAAGAUGAAGUCACUCUCAUCCACAUGUUAGCAGAGCUUAAUGUAGCUGAUGAAAAUGAAAUUCACUGGGAUGACUUAGCUAAAGGAUGGAAAAGUGUUCGUUCACCACAAUGGCUGCGUAGUAAAUGGUGGACCAUCAAAAGGCAAAUUACAAAUCAUAAGGACUUUGCAUUCCCAGUCCUAGUAAAAUGUCUUCAACAAAUAUAUGAGAGCCAAAGUGCCAGCCUCAUGUUUUGGGAGAAUAAAUCAGGAUCAGAAGUUGCAGAUAGCAACCCUGAUACCAGUGUUGAACAAGUUCCCUUUGGAGUCACGGGUGUAGAAGAUAAUAACAGUACAUCUAUGAGUACAGGACCUGUGACAGGAUUGCAAAUUACACUCCAGAUCAUCCCUGACUCAACAGAUGUGGCUAUUGUUAACUCUGAAACAAUAACCCCGCCCAGUGGACCACAAUAGAUAUUUGAUAUUCUUCCUUCUUUCCAUUUAUGUUUUCUUCCCUCACCUUGGACCUAUUUCCUUCAAACAAGCUCAACUCAUGGCCCUUUUUUAACUCCAACCUGACGGCUGCUGUACCUUCUUCUCCUAACCUAUCACAUUUCAUCUUCUAUUCCCAGAACAUCUAUUGAACACUAAUCAAUGACAUGUGGCGUGUCAUACACCAAGAAUCAUCACUAUAACGGCUGAAAAAAAAAUAGCAUUACUUUUUUCACAUCCCAAGCAGAAUUGGCAGUCAAUAGUGACAUCUAUUGUUCUAAUUUUCAUGGACUUGCAAAUGUAUUCAAAGCGGACAAUUUCUCUGACAGAAUUCUUCAGCUAAGAUAACUCUGCAACCAUCAUUUAGUGAUGCUCAUGUUUUUAACUCAGAGACCCAAGCAGCAUAGAGCUAGUGAACUGUGCUGAUUACAGCAGAAGAAUUCCAUGACACCAGCCAAAAGAAUAAGAAAUUUACUCUGAUUUAUCCAGUGCUUGAGUUACUGAGGAUUGAGUCACUCACCAUAGUAGAGAAAGAGCAAUACACAAGUGGUAACAAAACUACGCUUGGUGCCCCUUCACUACCUGACUCUAUCAAGGCAUGGGAUUUUACAGGUACUAAACCUGUCUUGCCUUUCACAGUACUAACAAGUCUUAUAAUCAAAAACAGCAAGGAUCGAAAACCAUUGAAUCCUCUUUGGGCAGCCCUAUUUCUAUAGACUUCAAGGAUAUUGGACUUGCUAAAAUAUUACUAGCUUAUCCUUAGAAACAAGCAAAAAUGCCAAAGAAGUGUUAUUGUAUCUGUAGAGGAACAGGAGCGAUGCCCAAGGGACUUUACUUUCUAAUAUCCUGACUCACAUAGCUACAGUCGUUAGCUAUGAACUUUAAGACU